UUCCUCCUUCUCCACGCGACCCCAAUCCCGUGCGAUGGUGGCGGCGCUGCUGGUGAACUUGACGGCCGAGCGGAGCCUUGGCCGGUGCACGUCGUGCUGGGCGCCGAUGCCACCAUGGCCAACAUCGCGCGCGCCGCCGUCGCCGCCUCCAUCGCCCAGGGACGCAGGCCGCCGCUCCCCGCCGACGCGAACAACGUCGACGCGGCCGCAUGGUUCGAGCAGCAUCUCUCCAAGUAUUCUCUUGCAGCGCUGAACCCUGACGAGAAGGUGCUGGAUCUGGGGUCGCGCAACUUCUUCCUCUGCGCCAUAAGAUUCUGAAUGGAUUAUCUGUAUCUCGCACUGCCGCCUCCACAGUGCUCCCUCUCGCUGAACCUCAAGAGUUAAGAGUGAUCAUACAUGCUUAGCACUUUUUUUGAGAUACAUAUAUUGUCCGGUUCAACUGAAGAGAAUGAUCAAAUUAAUGAUCCUUCCGCUUAUUCAGGUUUCAAAUACUUAGUGAUGGUUUUCUAUAAGCCUUUUCUUGUCAUCUUGUGCUAGCUAGGUUUCAUUUUGUUUCAAGUACAAAAUACUCAUAUUAGUUAUAAAGCUUUUCUGGUCUUAUUUUGUAGGGUGAAUAUCACGAGAAGAUCAGAGUGUACAAUUUGUAAACAAAAAAAAAGUCAAGUUCGACCUGCUCUUAUAUAAUCCUUCGCAAUUGCGUUGAAUUUGUGGUGCCUUAGUUUGACCCAUUUUUAUUGCUAAUGAAUUGUGAUUCUGUUUUAAAUGAUGAGGCUAGUUUGACACCAGGUGUUGUGGAGGUACCUCGCAGCCUUGUCGACAGGGAGAGUAUGCCAGAAGAGUUUCAGCCAGCCACCCCUAAGGGGCUUCACCCUAAAUGGUGUUACAUAUGAAUUGUUGGCCCUCUCCCAUCAAACAUCCACUUCAAGGUUGUCAUUUCACAUGAUCCCUUUAGUGGAAUGUGAAGUCUGAAUGGAUUGCAUGGAUCAGACCUCACCAUUUAUCCGUGUCACAUACUGAACUCAGAGCCUAUUAUCUUACCGAAAUGGAAACAGACAAUUCCUGGGGUGCAAAAAUGAUUUAUGCAAUUGAGGUUGUUGCUGAAGAUGGUUGCGAUUUAAGCUUCUUGUGGUUUAAGCUUCUCUCCAAGUAUUCCCUCGACAGUAGGAGAGCCUCGUUCGAUUUCUGUAAUGGCUGCAAUUUGAUUUGGCUUUGUCAAAGGAUGUGUUUACCUCUUUGAUGAAGGAGUUAGUGUUUUAGUUCUCUGCAGUUGUUGUAAAAUUUUCUGAUAUACAUGUUCUUAAAGUAAUGCAAAGUCUCAGUAUUUUCAGUACUACAAUACAUGUUAGCCUUGCCAUUUUUUCUGGAUACUGAAUUGAUCUACACUCGGGUUGAUGGAA